CAUUGGGCGGCCGCCGGCCAAUGGAGCCGCGGCGGGCGGGGCCGAGCGUUCACGGCCCGGCAGCGGGCAGCCAAUGGGGGCGCGGCGGGGGGAGCUGCACGUGCCGGCCCGCACGUGUCCGCGUGGAGUCGGCGCGGGGCUGCGGGCGCGGGCGGAGCCGAGCCGAGUCGAGACGAGCAGAGUCGAGCUGAGCCGCUGCUGGAGCUGGAGCUGAUACCACUCACAAUGGAGUCUUCCUGCAGCAUGUCGUCCUGUGAGUCUCUGUACUCGGUGGAGAGCGGUCCUGGCGAGGAGGAGGAUGAAGGCUCAGACGUGGGUGUCUUUCUGUCUGGCAGUGAGAGCGAGGCAGAGAAGGAGCAGGAUGGCUCCUCGAGCCCUAGAGCCACCCCAGAUGAGAGGGGCCUGUUCUCAACCAAGGCCCCAUGGACUAGUCCCAGCAGGCUGUGCCCGGACCGCCAGCACUGGAUGCUGGGCUCUGCCAGGCAGCGUCACUGGUACCCCCCUGCCCGUGCAUGCCUGACGGACAGGGUAAACGGCCUGCCCGGCAGGCGUCUAAGCCAGCAGAGGUUGGAGAGUGGCCGCAAGCGCUUGAUGCGUUCAGAGGGGCUGAGGGGGAGCCCCGAAUACACUGCCACGAUGCCAGCCUAUGGGAUGAAGAGGCAGAGGAGCAGGGAGGCGGAGACCAGGCAGGAGCCAGGGGCAGCCUGCACUGAAGGGGACCGGCUGUUUGCACAGAAGUGCCUGGAGCUCCAGGGCUUCAUCCGGCCUCUCAUGGAGCUUUUGAACGGGCUGAAGAUGGGCCGCUAUGAGAAAGGUUUAAGCAGUUUCCAACAGAGUGUGGCCAUGGACAGGAUCCAGCGGAUCAUUGGGGUGCUGCAGAAGCCGGAGAUGGGGGAGCGAUAUCUGGGCACCCUGCUGCAGGUGGAGAUGAUGCUCAAGGUUUGGUUCCCUCGUGUCGCCUUGAAGAGCUCCUGCCCUGAGCACGGCACCCAGGAGGAGACCCGCAAGCCAGCCAAGCCCCAGUCCAGGCCCCCUGUGGCAGGCAGCCACCCAGACAAGUGGGCAGCUCGCAGCAACAACCCCGUCCAGAGUCCUGCUGUAGAAACACCCCAGCGACCAGACCCUGCGGCAGCGUGGAAGGAGCAGGCCCGGCUCCUGGCGGACUGGUCCGCCAUGAACUUGACAUGGAUGCACACCUCUCCCAUCUGCAACCCACCCCUGGGCCCCUGGAACAGUGCCAUGGGGCAGGCUCUGCUCGGCCUCAAUGCCAGCGCCUACAGUGUCAUCCUCUUCCUCCACAACAACCUGCUGGCCCCCAGCUCCCUUCUCCGCUCUGCACCUGCCACGCCAGACAAGACGUCACCAGCCUGCUGCCACCCCAAGCAGCCUCCAGGGACCACGGAGCCCCCACGAUGCCAGAGCCUGCCUGGGGCCAUGGCAGCCAGAAGCAGCGACCUGUUGGGGCCGCGCUCGAGCACCUACUCCAAAUCUCUGCCUCACUUGCCUGAGUCCAGUAAAGAGUCCAAGAAAGCAACUGGUUGGACUGGGAGCUCAGAUCUGGGACUGUUGGCUGCAGGGAUACCGGCGGGCAACUGUUGAUGCCCUGUUCCACACAGUUCCCCAGAUCUGUGAAUUCUUUUUUUUUUUUUUUUGUAAUUAUUAUUAAUAUUAUUAUUUCUGCCUGGUUUUUUUUUUUUAAGUGAGACAUUUCAUGCGUGUGUACUGUCCUGAGCAGCUCUUGCAGCCAGGAGGAAGGAGAUAUAACUGUAUUAAAGGGCUUCAAGCCACAUCUGUGCCCAGAUCAGUGCAUGGGGCUGAAAUAGUGAUAAAUACAGGAGGACAGGAACAUAGAGGGGCACUGUUUCUCCCCUUCCUGCCACUCUGUGAAUGCCCUUUCCCUUAGUAGCAUAGCAGUAACACUGUUCCCUCAUCAGAACUAGUUGUAGAGCCUCAUAAGCAAGGUGGGAAGCAUGGCAGGCUGUGAACAUGUCGCAUUUGUCCUGGAAUGAACCAUUCUAUCCCAGGGCAAAGUGUAGUUGUUCAGAUCAUUGUCCCAGGACAAACCCUAAAGGUUCAUGGGAAAAGUGCUAACAGUUUAUCCUGGGACUUCAUGAAGUAUGUCUGCACUGUUAUCCUGGGAUCGCAUCAUUGAAUCAAUGGCAGGAAAGCAGCAGUGCAUUUAGCCUCUAAACCCAGAUUUAGAAGGGCAGUGGGGUAGACACAAUCCUGGGAUAGUUCUGUUCCACGACAAACACAGGCACAAUUUGUCCAGGACCAAAUGCGAUGUCUGUUCCUAGCAUUUUCCAGCAGGGACAAGACACAAAACUAGGGUCUCUUGGGGUCUAAUUACAUCUCUUGCUGUUGGGACAAGCUCUUUAUUCCUAUUCCUCGCUUUGCCCCUUUGAAAGACACAGACAGCUUGGGUGCCAUGCUGUUAUCCAGCUAACGAGUUGCUGCUGGCUCCUAACGAUCUGUGAGUUGUGACACGUCUCUCCCCUCCAGCUUCCAUAAACCCUGGUUGCUAGAGGCAUGUUUUGCACUGAACCCCUGUAGAACGCAAUGCUGUUAUGUAAGGGAGCCGUAGCUGUGCUUGUCUCCAUCGCGUUCCCCUGGCAUCAUACACCCGCUUUGUGACUGGGGGAGGCACCCGCCCCCUUCAUGUGGCUCAGUGAUGAUCACCCCAUAGCUGGCAUAUGGCCUAUUCUGUUCUUGGUCUUGAGUUAAGUAUUUUUGGUUGUCCUGUUUUGCAGGGCCCCAGCUCCAGGUCACUUUUAUCCCCAGCUUGCACUGGCAGGUCAGUAUCCCCAGAUAACAGAUCGCUAUGUCACUGGCCUUUGAGGGGCCUUUCGGCAGCUAGAGUUAGUCUUCCACAGCAGGCUGGGGUCACAGCAGUGGGCAUGAAGCCCAUGGAGGGGCGGGAAAGAAGAACAUUUUGCCAGGUCCCUGCUAUCAAUCCUAGCCUGGUUUGGACUGAGCUAAUUAGUGCUGCUCAGUGCCUUAUUAACUGACUACUUUCUCUUCCAAACAAGCCUCCAGAAAGCUCCCUCGCCCAUUAAGGCAAGAAACCUCCCCCAGUUCAGACAGGCAGCUGCUUGCUAAGGUUGGCCUGCCAGAGCCAGCAACAGCUGGGCUGCGCUGCAGGCUGGUCUUCAAGCUGUUUGAUUGAAGGAGCGAUGGGAAGGCUCCGUUCUUGUUCUGGGGCCGGGAACACGGUGUAUUAUGGAUCUCUCAAACUGCAGGGCAUGAAAUGCCUUGCUCGCGUGUCUUGAAGGGGGAAGCAUCCUGUGCUUGUUUUUCAUGUGCUAGAACAGCUUUUUUUGUGAGCAAUAGUACAUGCUCUCAAUGACUGGCAGCCUGUUGGAGACAGCUUCUAUCAAAAGCUAAACCAGUGGCUCUCAACCGUUUUUGUUUUUUUUUAGAUGCCAGGCACCCCCUUGGAAAAUGUCAGCGCUUAGUUUGCACUUGAUUUUUGACUGAAGAAAAAUACCAGGGCAAUUCUGUUGGAAAGAAUUCAGCAAAGCCACAGCAGGGCAGAAGGGUUUUAACACUACAGAUUCCUAUUUGAAAUCUCUGUGCUUAUCUUGUGAAUUAUGUUUGCACGUCUAAUAGCGCUAAUGCACCCUUGGAAGCAUCUCCAGGCACCCUGGUUGAGAGCCACUGAGCUAAACCUUGUUCAGACGUCCCUUUUGGGGAGCUCCUUGAUCAAAAUCGCUGGCGUGAGGCCAGCCGUCUCACUGAAAAGAAGGCCCUUUUAAAGUG